CAAUCAGAAGACACUGAGCUCAGGAUCCUCACAAAGCUGACACUGGAAACCAUGAACACCACAGUGAUAAAGGGCUUCAAUGGGUCUGAGCGGUGCCCCAGGGACACGCGGAUAACGCAGCUGGUGUUCCCAGUCACCUACACAGUCGUGUUCUUCUUCGGCAUCCUGUUGAACACUCUGGCCCUGUGGGUGUUCAUUCACAUCCCCAGCUCCUCCACCUUCAUUGUCUACCUCAAAAAUACUCUGGUGGCUGACUUGAUAAUGACACUCACGCUUCCGUUUAAAAUCCUCUCCGACUCACACCUCGGACCCUGGCAACUCAGGGCCUUUGUGUGUCGCUUCUCGGCUGUCAUCUUUUACGAGACCAUGUAUGUGGGCAUCAUACUGCUAGGCUUCAUAGCCUUUGACAGAUGCCUCAAGAUCAUCAGGCCUUUUGGAAAAUUUUUUGUCCAAAAACCUGUUUUUGCGAAAAUGGUCUCGACCCUCAUCUGGCUCCUUUUGUUCCUCAUCUCUCUGCCAAAUAUAAUCUUGAGCAACAAGGAAGCGACGCCGGCAUCUGUGAAAAAGUGUGCCUCCUUGAAGGGUCCCCUGGGGCUAAAAUGGCAUCAAGUGGUGAACUACACAUGCCAGUUCAUUUUCUGGACUGUUUUUGUCCUGAUGCUUCUGUUUUAUGUGGUGAUUGCAAAAAAGGUAUACAGCUCUUACAGAAAGUCCAGAAGUAAGGACCGCAAACACAACACAAAGCUGGAAGGUAAAGUAUUUGUUGUCGUGGCUGUAUUCUUUGUGUGUUUUGCUCCAUUUCAUUUUGCCCGAGUUCCAUACACUCACAGUCAAACCAACAGCAAGACUGACUGCAGGUUGCAAAACCAACUGUUUAUAGCUAAAGAAACAACUCUCUUUUUGGCAGCAACUAACAUUUGCAUGGAUCCCUUAAUAUACAUAUUCUUAUGUAAAAAAUUCACAGAACGCCUACCAUGUAUGAGAGGGAGAAAGAUCACAGGAUCAACCCAAGAAAAUCAAACUACUCAGACAAUAUAACUCUAAGCUGAUAAUUUUAUCAUGGCUACGUUCUAUUUAAUCGAUAAGACUUCAAAAGAUAAUUGAUUUGGAAAUCAAUUUCAAGCAAUGAAAGAAAAACAGAUGAGACAAAGGUUUUCUUACAUGUUAUUAUUACCCAGGUUUACAGAAAGGAUUAUAUAAAUUUUAAUUCCACGUAGAUCGAUUGAUGAGCAGAAUGAAGUAUUGGUCAGAGAAUGCAACAGAAAGCAAGUGACCACUAGAGGUCAUCUUUUUGAAAGCAUUCACUUACAUAUCGGAAAACAUUAUGGAUAAAUGUAAAUUACUAAGGACCUUCCUUCCAAAACACCUUCUCACAUUCUUGUACAAUACAUAAUUCAUACAACACUACUGCUUUUGGGUCCCACAACUGUUGAUACUUGCUGAUUUAAAAACAAACAAACUUGAAAACCCUUUGAUGAAAGCUGAAGCUAGUGGUUGAAAGGGAUGCUAGAUAUGAAGCAUCUGGGGAGUUGAAAUAGGGUCAGAAAAUCCUGAGAAAGCCUGGAUGAAGGAAUUUCUCCUUACAAAGAGCCUCUUCCAGUGUCAACAGUACUAACAUUCUUUCAGUACUCUAUGCAAGGCAAAGACCAUUAUUAAGCCACAUAAAAUAUCAUACUGUAGUACUUUGCAUGCCUUAAGUAUGCACAAUUUAAUGGCAAGAAUACAGGACUGAUAUUCUCUGGAAUUCUCCCUCUGCCCAGCAAAUACUCUAAUGGUGGAUGAAUAUGCCACCUACUCAACAAAGCCUUCCUGGGCCACAACCUCUACCCUCCUGCCUCACACACUAACUACUGCUCCCACUGUCUGGGUAUGUGUGAGGGCCAUGGUGGUAGAUUUCCCUUUGCUAGUUAGUGAUACUCCUGACUGCAUCCCCAAAAGAUGGUUAGGAUUCUUUAAGAAAGACAACAUGUUUUAAAGACAGAAACCACGUCAUGUUUUCUUGGUACCUCCCACACUAUUCCAUGCAGACCAUGAAUUACAAAUGUUUGAAAUACAAUUAUGUCAUUGUUGUGUCAUUCUUGGUACAUUUAUGGAUGGAACUGCUGAGCCACAAUCAAUAGCAUCCAUACUGGGAAAUUUUGCUAAGAAUGCUACCUGUUGGUACUUCCCCUCCGUAUCUCUUCCUGAAUCCCUCUGUGCUUUAAAAAAGCUAAAAUGUGGUUAUCUAGAAUUGUGGACAUGGAUUUAUAUCUUCUAGAGAAAAUGCACAAAGUAUUCAUGCUCUGUAAAUGUGCCGCUGGCUCCAACAUGAUUAUCAUAGGUGAAACCCCAACCUCUUACCAGGUUCUCCAAAGCCCCGAAGGCCCUGGAAUUUGCCCACCUUUCUGGCCUUAUCUUCUAACUGUGCUUCCAUCCCUGGAACAUUACACUCUUAUGUAUGUUUCUAACUGUUAGAACAUGCGUUGCUCCUUUUUGCCUCUGGGCCACUCACUGCACACGUAACUCUCCCUCUGACCCAUCCAUGAAAUCCUAAGAUGCCAUCACUCGGUCCAUGAAAUCUCAUCUGGUCAACCUCCCACCACCAUCUCAAACCCAAUCACACCCUCAUUGGACUGUUGUCACACCUCACUUAUUGUACUUAUCACACUGCUUUGUAAUUACUUGCCCACACAUGUAUCUACUCUUUUAAUAAUUUGUGUAUAUUUUUGGGAGCAAAGA